GGUUAUCACCGGGCCGUCCUCAUGCCAGGCUCCACAGUGUUGAGUGUUGGUGUUGUUGUAUCAUGGCGAGCGGGAGUCAAAGCAAAGUUACGUCGUCCGACGUCGACGACGGGGCUGAAAGAGGAAAGUCUUGUGUACCAAAAUGGUUUCGGCAAAACUUACUUGUGAUUUUGACGUUAAUAUUUGGAGUGGGUUUGGGAUUUCUGGUGGGCUUCACGAUUAGACUUGCUGACCCGACGGAAGAGGCGUUGAUGUGGCUAGGGCUUCCGGGGGAGCUGUACAUGCGCAUGCUGAAAGCCACCAUCCUCCCGCUCAUCGUCAGCAGCGUCAUCGCAGGCACCGCCUCCCUGGAUCCACGAUCCAAUGGAAGGAUCAGCGUCCUGUGUCUUGGCUACAUCAUCGUCACUAAUGCCAUCGGUGCCGCCAUUGCCGUCAUCGUCAGUCUCAUCAUCAAACCAGGAAGUAACCAGGAGAUAGCUGCUGACAUGUCCAAGCCUGAUACGAAGAAUCUCCAGACUGAGGACAUCUUUGCUGACCUGAUAAGAAAUUUGUUCCCGGACAAUUUAGUAGCAGCUGCCUUCCAACAAUCACAGACCAAGUACCACCUGGUGUCAGAGCGAGUCAUCACCGUUAACAUUUCCGGUGGCAUCAUAAAUGAAACCGAGGCUGUCUAUAGUCAGAGCCUUGGCGUGUCUUCGGGGACGAACAUCCUAGGUCUUAUAUUAGCCUGUACAGUUAUGGGCAUGGCCGCUUCCAAGUGCGAGGACAUUGGGAAGCCUUUUCUCAAAUUCUUCCAAUCGACCUGUGACGUCAUGAUAAAGGUCCUUCGCUGGAUAGUUUGGUACACCCCCAUUGGCGUGGCGAGUCUGAUUGCAAGCUCCGUGGCCAAGGCUAAAGACAUCGACACGGCUUUCACGAGUCUGGGGAUGUUCGUGCUGACAGUCACUGUCGGGAUGGCGAUCCACCAGAUGAUUCUGCUACCUCUCGCCUACUUUGCUCUUACCAGGAAGAACCCGCUGGCGUUUUUAUUCAGUGCCUCUCGUGUUUGGAUGACAGCGUUCGGCCCACCAAGCACCGCUGUAUCUAUCCCGGAACAGCUGCGUUGUCUGGAAGAAAAGAAUCACAUCAGUCCCAAGGUGACCCGCUUCGUGGUGCCGUUCGCCGCCACUCUCAACAGGGACGGCAGCUGCCUCUUCAUCACCGUCACGGCGAUGUACAUUGGCCAGCUGGAGGGACACACGGACGCGGGGAAGAUUGUCAUGAUAGCUAUACUAGCGACCGUGGGGUCCCUCGCCAUUCCCUCAGUCCCCAGCGCUAGCAUCGUCACACUACUGAUCCUGUUAUCAUCACUCAACAUCCGGGCAGUUAACAUCGGUCUCAUUUUAGCGGUAGAAUGGUACACGGACCGCAUCAGGACGACCAGCAACUCCAUGAGCUGUCUUCUCUGUGCCGUCUUCACCUACAGAUUCUCGGCGAAGUUGCUGUCAACGCAGGGGCCGCCAGGUGGCGAUGACGCUGUCUCUGAAGUGACAGUGACCAUGAAUAAUGAGAAAGAACGUUCUUUGAACACUAAGCUAUAAAUACUCACUACCACAUGUAUUUGCGGCACCGGCUGCUCCAACCACCCGGAAUUGGGGAAUACCCUUCUUAAAAUAUACUCAUUCAUUGAGUGAUAUUUACUCGGGAUCAUCCAGUUUAUUGUUACAGUUAAUUUUUUUUUUUUUAUAAAUCUUUUUAUUAUUAUUCCAUUUCAUGUAUAUUAUUAAAAGUGUAGGUAUUAACAUGUGUAUAUAUGACAGUAUUAACACAAGUUAUAAUUUUCAUAGGUGAGAACA